CAACGAGCUUGCAGCAGAAUAUCGCAUCUCGUGGACGUCUGGAGAGCGUGUGUUGAGGAACAAGCCCAAGAUCUGCAGAUCUCGCCAAUUGCCGCCAUCCCGUGAGCCAAGUGUGACCGCUGCAAACGACGAGGGCCAGCUGAUGGCCCAGGAGGCUUCUGUGUGUGUGAAUCUUGACCGACGGAUACUGUCUGUGGCCUGGCGGUCCUAGCGAGCCAGCUACCCUAUAUAUGCGCGCCAUGACGAGCCGGUUCGGACGGAUCCUGCAGUGCGUGCUGGUGAUAGCUGGGUGCACAUGGCUGGUGCUGCACGUGUCCUUCCUGCACCAGCUGGAGGAGCCGGACAGCGCCGCCACCCUCACGGGCAUGUCGGAGAGGGACAGCAUGAUGCGAGGGCUGCAGGGACGGCUGGCAAGGAGAGCAAAGAUGGCGGCGGGGUGGGUGACUGGACACCAGAAGAUGAAGAGCGGUACGCUUGCCUCAUCCCACUCUCACCGCCACGCACAGGUCCAUCUUUCUCUGUUUGUCUGUCUGUGCAGGGAAGGGUGUCCAGCAGCAGGAGCAGGAGCUUCACGAGGAGAUCCCCGCGCCACAAGUGGAGGGUCCAAAGGAGCUGCGGGGCGACGAAGACCAGCAGCAGCAAGAUGGUGAUACUGACGAUGACAACGACAAUGACGAUGACAACGACAGUGCCAACGACGACCAAGAUGAUGACAAUGGCGAUAAGGAGGUGAAUGUUGAGGAGGAGACCGAGUACUGGCAGUCGGCCGACAGCGUCGGCGGCAUCGCCGGCGCACCCGGCCAGCGGGGCUAUGACGCUGCCGUUGCUGGCGCUGGCGUGGUGCCCGCCCCGCCACUCGAAGGCGACAACGACGACGGCAGGCAUGGCGAGGGGGAGGCACAGCACGAGCAGCAAGACGACCAGCAGCAGCAGGAGCAGCAGCAGCCAGAUGGUGGUGGUGAUGGGUGGGUGUAUCGUGAUGUGGGUCCUGGGAUGCUGCACGGGGCCGUGGGUCUGCUCCCCAACGGCACGCCGGCAUGGCAGCCGGCACCCUCGCCGCCACAGGUACGGUACCCACACACUUAGCUGGGACGCCCACAUGAUGGAUGACAGAGAGAAACCCCUGCACGUGUCUGUCGUGUGUCUGCUUGUGUGUGAUCGGGUCGGGGUGGAUGGCAGAAGGUGGAUAUGGCGCGUGAGCUGCGCGAGGGCGGCGGGUUCUUUCUGCGCAAGUCGGACUCGCUCCCGCUGCACCGAGAUGUCAAGGACCUGCGCCAGGACCUCUGCCUCGCCAAGACAUACGACAUCCCCACACUGCCCAGGACCUGUGUCGUCUUCGUCUUCUACAACGAACCUUUCUCCACACUCAUGAGGUCGGUGCACAGCGUGUUGGACCGGACGCCUCCCGAGCUGCUGCAGGAGAUCGUCUUGGUGGACGACGGCAGCGACAAGGAGUGGAUCAAGCCCAGGGAGAUGGGCGGCAACGGCAUGAUCGCCGACUACAUCACGCACCUGCCCAAGACACGAAUGGUCCGCCUCGAGCAGAGGAAAGGCAUCGUCGCCGCCAGGCUGAGGGGGGUGGAGGAGUGCGAGGCCGAGACCUUCGUCAUUCUCGACAGCCACAUCGAGGUGGGUGAGAGCUGCCGGCAUCUGACAGACAACCUUCUUUCUGUGGCCCUCAUAAGUGUCCAUUUGUGUGUGUGUGUGUGUGUGGUUGUCAGGUGGAGCCCCAGUGGCUGGAGCCUCUGAUGGAGCGGUUACAGGGCCCUGAAGGCCGCAAGCGAUUCGUCAUGCCACAGAUCGACUCCAUCGACCCUGAGACCUUCAAAUUCCUCGGCGGCGGAAUCGGCUGCACUCUCGGCUUCCUAUGGAAGCUGAUGGAGCACGCCUACCCCGACCAGAAGAAGGACCUGGCCAAGCGGAAAUCGGCGAUCGAUCCGAUGCCGUCGCCAGCCAUGGCGGGGGGGCUGUUCGCGGCGAAUCGUGAGUACUUUUGGAAGCUGGGUGGCUACGACCGCCAGUUCAUGUAUUGGGGGACGGAGAACCUGGAGCUGUCGUUCAGGAUAUGGCAGUGUGGGGGGUCGCUCGAGUGCUCGCCGUGCUCUCGGGUCUUCCACAUAUUCAGGAAGGGCGGCUCUGGCUACUCGGUCAGUAAGGGAGGGAGGGAGGGAGGGAGGGAGAGGAAUAACACGGCAAACGCGCGGCGGCGGGCAUGUGUGAAGGUGUGCAUCUGUGUGUGUCGGUGUGUGUGGUAUCUAUCAGUCGCCUCCCAAUGCCUUGACGAUCAACAAGAUGAGGACGGCGGCCAUCUGGAUGGACGAAUUCGGGGACCUAGCAAGGUACGCCACACAAGCAACACAACACACGCACAACUACCGGUCACCCAUCCGCUCUAGUCCGUGUGGUCAUUGAUUUGAUGCAGGGCUGUGUUGGGUCGUCCGACCACCGACCUGGGUUCUCUCGACGAGAUGCGGGCGUUGCGGGAGCGGCUGCAGUGCAAGUCCUUCAAGUGGUUCUUCGACAACGUAUGGCCGGAGAGCUACAUCACCGAGCUGCCGAGAGACGUCCCCUUCAUGGGCGAGAUCAAGAACCGGGCCUCCAACCGGUACACACACACAUACAGAGGAAGACCAACACACGUGUGGCCAAUGCGCGCGUGUGUGGCUAACCAGGUGUGUCGACUCGAUGGGUCGAAACAGCCCCGGUCAGAAGAUCGGCAUCGUCGAGUGCCACGGCAUGAGGGGGCCGCAGGAGUUCAUGUACUUCAGGGUGCCCAAACACAUCAUGCCCGUCCGCAACGACGAGGCAUGCCUCAAACCCCCUAACGAGCUCGUCUGGUGCCACGAACACCAAAACAUGUCAGCUUAGCAACCGAUCACAAAACACCACGCGCAUUGGCCGGCCAGUGGUAGUGUCUUUGUGUGGUGUGGGUGGCAUGGUUGGAGACAGGUGGGAGUACUCAGAGGAAGACGGUCUGUUGCAUUACUUGGACAGGGGUCGGCCGCACGACCCACCACAGUGUCUGGCUGAGAGGCUGGACGCCAGGGCCAUGGAGCUCAAGGAAUGUGACGCACACGACCCCACACAGGUCAGAAAAAGACCCAACACGGAUGACACCACAUGGCGUGUGAGUAUUGUAUUGCGUGCCGUGCAGGUGUGGUCAUUCGAGCGGUACAAGACUGAGGAGGAGAUCAAGGCUGAGCGAGUGGCCAAGAACCAAGUGGGACACAAGUUGAGGAAAACAAUCAAAUAGUGAAUGUCCGUCCAUGUAUAGCCAGUGGGCCAGUGUGGCGAGGCUUGGUUGGUUGAUU